AUGCCAUGGCCCGAAUGGCUCCGGGGUUCCUCCUCCUCCACCAAGGAGAACCUCUCCAAGGACGGUCUCCACCUCCCGGACAAUGAACGAGCCCGCUCAUGGAAUGACUCUCUCAACGCGACCGACUGGUCGCACUACACAAGUCCCCAGGUCGUCACCCUGACCGUCCUAACCACCGGCGCGACCCUGGUGCUCUACCGACUGUAUCGGGUUCACCUCAUGCGGAUCCCGAAUGCAAAUUACUUGACGCCGAACCGCAUCGGGAAACGCAGCAUGUACGGCUACGUCACGAGCGUCGGUGACGCGGACAACUUCCGGCUUUUCCACACCCCGGGCGGCCGGCUCGCGGGCUGGGGCUGGCUACCUGGCAGACAGCUGAGCAAGAUGAAGAGUUUUCAGAAUAAGACGGUGCACGUGCGGAUUGCGGGUGUAGAUGCCCCUGAGGCGGCGCACUUCGGUCGGCCGGCGCAGCCGUACUCGAAGGAGGCGCUGGACUGGCUCAAAGGUUUCGUUCUCCACAAGUAUGUUCGGGUGAUGCCGUAUCGACGGGACCAGUAUGAGCGCGUGGUGUGCACGGUGCAUUAUUGGCGGUGGGGGUUCUGGAAGACGGAUGUGGGCUUGCAAAUGCUUAAGAAUGGCUGCGCGACGGUAUACGAGGCGAAAUUUGGAAGUGAGUUUGGUGGGGCGGAGAAAGAGAAACUCUAUCGGGAGACCGAGGCGAUCGCGAAGCAGAGGAAAGUGGGCAUGUGGCAGAAGACGGGCUUGGUGGGUAGGAUGCUAGGGAAGAAGGACACUAGCUUUGAGAGCCCACGGGCGUAUAAGACGAGGAUGCAGAAGGAGCAAACGGCGAAAUGA